AUCUCAAUUCUGAACAUUAUUGGACGAGUGAAAUGUUAUUGGACGGCUCCUGGAAGUGCGUGGCGGCGCUCUGCCUCCUGGCAGUCGCAGGGACAGCGGCAGCGCAGGACAGACUUACAGGGAAUAAGCAAGGCCCUGCGUGACUAUUGCACGCCUGAGAACACUACCGUGAUGUUGAAGAUCGAGCCGGAGUUCAACGUGAUGAUCGUCCCGCGGUGCGUGCGCCUGCCGAGGUGUGGAGGCUGUUGCCACGGACCUUUGGUCGAGUGUAGACCUACGAGCACCAGCACGGUCUCCUUCAAGAUUAUGCGGGCGAAGAAGUUAAUUUCCUCGGGACGUUCAGCCGGCGUCCGGGAACGCCCAGGUUUCCUCGGGAAACCUGGGCGCACGCGGCGCGUACGACCAACGUCGCACCCUGAUCUCCCUCCCGGCUGGACACCCUCAAGCUACAUCACAAUAGAAGAAGAGGCGCACAACCAGUGUGAAUGCCAGUGUCGCAUCCAGGAACAGGACUGUAACCGGGCAAUUCAAGACUACAACCCUACCGAUUGUAGUUGCGUCUGCAAAAAUCAGCAUGAGCAGAGGAAGUGCAGCUAUAAAAAUCGAACGCAUUACUGGAGCGAAAAAGACUGCGCGUGCUACUGCUAUACAGAGGACACCUGCAGCACUGGUCAACGAUACGAUCACAAUCUCUGCAGAUGCACGAAUGUGAACUUUGCGGCUCGAUUACGACUCUCUGAACUCCCAUCGUUCGCUACCGGUCUGGACCGCCGGCCGGCCACUCGAGUGCCCAUCACGUUCGGAGGGUGAAGUGCGACGCUCGUUAACUUCCCUGCGGAUUUGUUUUGUUCUGACCAACUUACAAAUAUAAACAAAUUAUCUUUAAUCAACAAUGCUUGUAGCUUCUAUGAGACCUGAAUUGCAACAUUAUUGUCUAUAAUUAAAUUCUGAAGUCAAACACACUCGUGACAAACGAGUACUUUCUGGGCAUCGAUAUUUUAAAAAUUUAGUACCUUAAAUAUUGCAAUGACUUUAGAGAGUAGAGUAAGCUAAAAUUUUCAUCGUUUUAUCUAUGAUUAAGGAAACUGGUCGGCCCUGAGUGUCGUCAAAGCAG